ACCCCCAAAAUACUGGUACGUCUCUCCUUUACUCUCUCUCUUGACAAAACUUUGAUUUUGAACACAAGGGUCUGUUUCUGUUCAAAACUUGAAAAAUAGUCCUCUCCCUCUUUCUCUCUCAUCUGCAAUUAAGAGAGAGAAAGCGCGGGCUAAAAAUUUUCAUGGGUUUCAAAAGCUGGGUUCAAAGCCCUAGAUCAGUGGGUUCCCGCCAAAACCCAGGAUGUGUACAAGACCCAGAUGGCUAAUCGGGUGGUCGAUGAUUGCUGAUGGGUCUGCGUUAGAUUGCGUGAAAAUCCUCAAGCCUCAGGAGAACGGGUUGUGGUUUGUACUGGAGCCCGGCUCAAAAGGGAUUGUAGUAGGAGGGGGCGGGAUCAGUGAGCUUCGAUGCAGUUUCGAUCAAUUUUUGGGUCCAUUUCUGAAGCAGAUCCGUGGGCACAACAGUUAUAGGCCUCUGCCUCCAAUGCUUGGUAAUGGGCAAUGUGUGGACUUGUUCAAACUUUUCUUGCUUGUGAAGGAAAAAGGUGGAUACCGUACUGUUUCUGAGAAUGUGUUGUGGAAUUUGGUGGCUGAAGAAUCCGGGUUGGAUUCUGGUGUUGGCUCAGCUCUGAAAUUGGUAUACAUCAAGUACUUAGAUCUAUUGGAUAGAUGGUUGGAUAGAAUUUUUAAAGACAAGAAAUCACACGGUAGUUUGAGUGUUUGUGGUGACACUUCGGGAAGGCUUUUAAUGGAGUUAGAGACAGAAUUUAAAGGGUUCUUACCGGAAAUUUUGGAUCAAAAGAUGAAAGAUGAGGAAUACCCACAUUUUGAUUUGGCAAAGAGUGAGUCAAGUUUUUCGGGUGUGGAAAAUUUGUAUUGCAAUGAUGAGGUGAAGAGUGAUGUGAAGGUGGAGUCAGAGGGAGGUGUGAAAUGUGUUGAUGAUAAUGAUGAGGUGAAGAGUUCAGUGAAGCUUGAGUUGGAUUUAAACAGAAAAUGUGUUGAUGACGAUGAAGAUGUUAUGAUUUUGGAUUUAAAUGAAGUUAAUGAAGAGGUUUUUACUCGGAAGCGGAAGCGAGAAUAUAUGUUGGGGAUGCUGAAUUGGGUUACCACAAUUGCAAAGAAUCCAUGUGAUCCUUCUAUAGGAAAGUUGCCGGAAAGGUCAAAGUGGAAGUUGACUGGGCCAGGGGAAUUGUGGAAGCAGGUUUUGUUGGUCCGAGAGGCAUUGUUUCUCCAAAGGGAUGUUGAUUUGAGUGCUGAACAAUCAAUUUGGCAGAAGAAACAGAAGAUGCAUCCAUCUAUGUAUGAGGAUCAUGCUGGAUCUGAAAGAUUAAGAUACAGCCAGAGGCUUCUUUCUGGGAAAAGGUCUAGGUCGCGUGCUUGUUCAGAGUCAUCCUCGUCAGCUACUCAAAGUGACUUGGACAAAAGUCCAAGCCCUUGCAUGGAAGAUCAUCAUGACAAACAAUUGCUUGGAAUUUGUGAUCCCUCGAUUGGACAUUCAGUAGCUGGUUUGUGUGGUGAUAGUCAUGUACGAAAGCGCCCUGUUGGGCCAGCUUUUCAAGCAACAAUACCAGAGUGGACAGGGGUGGUGUCUGAAAUUGACUCUAAAUGGUUGGGUACCCGGGUUUGGCCACUGGACAAAAUAGAGCAUAAAUUUCUAAUUGAACGGGAUCCUAUUGGAAAGGGAAGGCAAGAUUCAUGUGGCUGCCAAUUCCCAGGUUCCAUUGCAUGUGUCCAAUUUCAUGUAGCUGAGAAAAGGAUCAGAAUAAAGCUUGAAUUGGGCUCAGCCUUCCAACACUGGCAAUUUGAUAAGAUGGGUGAGGUAGUUGGACUAUCUUGGUCAGAGGAAGAAAAGAAGAGGUUCAAGGAAAUAGUGAGAUUAAAUCCUCCAUCCAUGGGUGUGCGUUUCUGGGAUGAGAUAUUCAAGUCAUUUUCUACCAAAAGCAGAGAAGAUUUGGUGAGUUACUACUUCAAUGUCUUUCUCCUACAGCGCAGAGCUGACCAGAAUAGGCUUACUCCAAACAACAUUGACAGUGAUGACGAUGAAUCAGAAUUUGGACCAUUGAGUAAUGGGUUUGGGCAUGAAGCAAUCAAUUUACCAAGUUCCAUCUUAUAUGCCCAGAACAAUCCACAUAUGAAUUUCAGGUAGUGCCUGGGCAUGGAUUGAAAUAUAAUGUUUUCUUCAGAAAUGUUGCAGAUGGAAGUUUUGUGUGGUUUUACCAUUUGUCAAUUUUCACUGGAAAUGGAACUCUGUCUUGGUUUACCAUCUGAAAUCCAUCACUGCCUUUAAGAAGUGGGACUCUUAAGGUUUAAAGACUGUCUUCUUUGGCAGAGAUUGUUGAUGGCAUCUACAGUGAUGGAAGCAGCUAACUAUACAGGGCCAAGCAACUUGAGUGCUGGUCAAAUGUUUUGGUUCGUGUGCCUUCUUUUUUUCAAGCUACACCUCUCAUUCCUGUUUAUUCAUCAUGAUUACCAACAUCAAACACAGGUACUAUUACUUCACACGCUCUUUUAUCUCUGUCUUCACUAGGUUUUCAACAGCAAGGAGCCGAGGCUGAGCUAAACCAGAAGCCUUAGGAUUAUAGAGAAAAAGUGUGGGACAUAUAAAAGAGGGUUAUUCUAGAACUUAAAUUGUAGUCUCUCUUCUGAGUGGGGUACAUGCUCCUCUUAUGGGGGGUCUUCAAAUAUUGUUUACGAAAUUGGUUUUGCAUUAGCCAUUUACAUUUUAAUCUCUACAUUAACUUGUUAUCACCUGUCUAAAAA